AUGAGGACGGGAGAGUCCCGCCUCCUUGCCGCCAAGGCCGCCGCCGCCCGCCGCCUCGAGCGGCACCGCCUCCUCCUCGAGCGCCGCGCCGCAGACCUCGCCUCCCACGCCCUCGCUGACAUCGACGCCACCCACGCGCGCCGCCUUGCCGUCGCCCGCGACAUCAGCUCGACCAACGGCGAGAUUGAGGACGCGCAGCGGAAGGCGGAGGAGUGGGGCCGCUUCUACGAGUCCAAGAGGAUGGAGAUGGAGGAGUUCCGGCCGUCGUCUCCACAGCCUCCAUCCACCACGGCCGCAGCCACUUCUCAACCCCACGACGUGGAGGCAGCCCUGCAGGAGCUGCAGAGCAGCGGGUUGCACUCGGACGACGCCGGGAUCGGGGCUGCGGAAGCCUGGAAGGCCUACCUCAUGGCUAAGAAGGCCAAGCUGGAUGAGACCCUUGCUGCAGCCCGCCAGUUCAGAGCACUGCUUCGGCAGCAGCUCCAGAAAGCCUUCGCGUCACAGGUUAGGGAUCAAAAGGCAGCACAAAACUGACUAGUUAUGUGGUACAAGCAAACCGACAUUCAUUAGCUAG